GCGACUACAGACCUUCAACCUUCCGUCCUUCCCACCACACAACGUCAUAUCCAAUCUCAGCAAUCAUGUCAUCAACACUUAAACGCAAGCCCUCACCUUCACAAGACGACGUCACCAUCGAGUCAUCAAAACGGCGCUUCACAGAAGCCACCACCAGCGAUGCGACAAGUCUAGACAACGACAUGAGCGAGGCGCCCACACCAAGCUCAGCAGCACCUACACCCACAUCAGGCUCAGAAUCAACAUCGCAAGCCGAUCGUCUCGCCCGCUUUGCCGCCCUGCGCAACAGAAACAAAUCAUCCCGCGACGACAACCGCAAAGCCACUACCCUAGAAGUCUCUCGCGCCUCGGCCGAUCCCAACGAACUUGCCUCUCUAUCUCGCAGAAAAGAACGCGCUUCCGAAAAACUGCUACAUGCACAAACUCUAGAAGACGGUGAAGAUUGGGAUCGUAAACGCGCCUGGGACUGGACCGCCGAGGAAUCUGCUGCCUGGGAUAAAAAGCAAGCGAAGAAAAAGGCUCAUCGUGACAAUGUCGCAUUUCAAGAUUUCAGUCAAGAUGCGAAUAAGAUCUACAAACGCCAGGUGAGGGAUAUGGCGCCUGAUACUGCGAAUUAUGAGGCAGAGAAGAUGGCUGCGGUGGAGAGGGCUGCACGAUCAGGAGGUUUGGAGAUUGUGGAGACGGAAGAUGGAGAGUUGAUUGCUGUGGACAAGGAUGGCAGUUUCUACAGCACAAAAGACAGCACAGAUUUUGUGGGGAACAAGCCGAGUAAAGAGAAAAUUGACAAGUUGGUUGGUGAGAUACAAAAGGCAGAGGAGGUGCGACUCAAGAAGAGGAAAGAGAGAAGUGGGAAGGAGGAAGAUGGUGAUGUCACGUACAUCAACGACAAGAACAAGCAGUUCAACCAAAAACUGGCGAGGUUCUACAACAAGUACACUUCAGAGAUCAGGGACAGUUUCGAGAGAGGCACUGCCAUCUAAGCACGUCACCUUCCUUCUGGAAUCUUAUGACGACACUUCGAUUCAAUACAACGACUGGGACAACCCGGGCAAACAUCAGGAUCACAUGAUAACCAUGCACAACGGAUGUCCAAAGGCCAGUCUGAAGAGCAAUGGUAUUUGUAUACGAUAAAGAAUAAUGACCAUUUCUCGUCUCCUCUUCCAACUAUGUGUCGCCCUUUCCUUCUCUUGCCAAUUCACAAAAUGACUCAAUAAGGAAGCAGCUACCUGAGCAGUAAGUCCUAGAUCGAGCUGAAUCCAGUCCGAAAGGAUCGACAAGACGCUCGGCAGCUGUCGUGACCGCGUCCAACCAGCUCUCGAUGUUCGAAUUCUUUCUAGCCGCCCAAGUUCUUUCUACCUGUUCAAGC